AUGGCAGUAAACAAGCAGUCCAGAAGAGCAGAGAGCCUGUCCAUCACCAUCUCAAAUUCAGCAAAGAAGUACUCUGACUUCAGCCACACAGAACCACAAGUACAGCCAAACUUCUCUCUCUCUAUUCCUAUCGAGUUGCUGCAUCAUUGGUACAUGAACAAGAAGGCAGAAGAGACAUUCAUUAGCUUAGUUAAUAGCAUGGUAACAAUAGUUAAACUAGCACAAAGCGAUCGUCUGGAGAAAAGGCUUGCAGAACAAGCUAGCAAGGUAGCAAGAAGGAUACGGGGGCUAAAAGGAAGAAGGAGGUAUGCCGUACUUGCUGGAGAAUACAACCUCUUCGUGCUUGAUGGAGAAGCAGAAUCGUAUUCUGAAAUUGAGCAGCAACUAUCCACUGAAUCUCCACAGCCAACAACAAUCCCCGAAACAAGUAGACCUACCACAGCACACAUCAACAAAGGCAAAAAAGUUCACGAGGUAUCACCACGACAGGUAAAACGAAAGCUAGCACACUGUAAGAGCUCUGCAGAGCAAGCGCUUUGGUUUUGUGAAUCAUUCGGUCUUCAGCCAGAAUCUUUAGAGCUACGCAAACAGACAGGAUCUCCCAUCAAAUUCAAUUUUUUAUCUAGCCCAUCUCACAAGCCACAACAUCAAACGCCAGCUCUUUCACCAAACGAUUCUGCGAGGGUACAGCAAGCUCUUUAUGUACUUGACAGGUUUGCUGUGAGUGACGAAGCUUAUCAUGAAUUGAGCGUCGCAUCUGAUUUACCACCACUGUACCGAAUCAAGGAUGCUCGCCUCUCAAUUAACAACUCUCUCGACAUCCGACAUCUCGAAGGUCCUUAUCCUGGUGCUUAUAGACCACCGAAAGCUGCAAUCCAGGAAGAGCUAGCUAAGAUCGUUCAUUCAGGGAAAGCUAUCACCCAACCAGUAAAAGUAAAACUCAGUGGUGACGGAGCCAGAUUCACAAGAUCAUCCAAUAUCAUACUUCUCUCAUUUGCAUUUCCAGAAAUUCAAGACAAUGUUUUAUCAGGCAUGGGUAAGCUUAACAAUAAAAAUAUUAAACGAGAAAGUGGUGAAAAUAUUUUUAUAUUGACAUUCAUACAGGCAAUCAUACUUUUGCUGGCCUAA